ACUAGCCGUUUGCAAGCGCCUCCCAAUUCCCAAACCUCAAAAUGAUCCAUUUCUCCUCUUCUCUUCAAAUAUUUGAUCAAUGCAAUUCACGUUGUAGUUCGAAAAACUCACACUCUCUCUAUCUCCCCAAUUCGUGGUCGAUUUUCAUGGAGUCGACGUCGGAGUUCACUAGAGUACUAGUUACUCCGACGAAAGAGAGAGUCGCCGGUUCAGGUCGGACGAAAUCGAACGAAAACCUCAAGUAUGCGGAAAAUUUUGAUCCAAACGUUUGUCGUGCUGGAACGAAGCUAUACAAAUCAGCAUCAAUGGUCAAUUCUAUACUCAGCGCCAAAAAUCCAAGUCGCGGGAAGUCUAAUCUUAACCGAUUGGCUUGUCCUUCUGCGAUGAUGAAGAUUCGAGGCAGGAAGUUUGUGAUCGCGAAGGAAAAACCUCGGGUAGAAGAAUCGAAUUCCGCAGCCGCCGCUGUGGAUUGUAAGAAGUGUGAAAAGGCGGCCGGGAAAUCCAAGUGUUUGUGUGUGGCGUAUGUGAGUUUGAGGGCUUCGCAUGAAGAGUUUCAGAACAACCAGGAUCAAAUUCAGAAGGAGGUUGACUCUGAUAGGGUAAGUGAGUGCGAGAACCCUGGGAUUGACGAUGAAGGAACGAAGGAGACAAGUGAUGUAUUGAUUGAGAGUGAUUGCGAAAAUGGUGAAUUGAGGUUGAAAAAGAGCAGGGAAAGGCUUUUGGAAGCGGCGAGACGGAGCGUGCCGGAGCCGGGAUCAGGAAGGGUGAUGCAUUUGGUGAAGGCAUUUGAGAAACUCCUUAAGAUGCCGAAAUCAGGCGAUUUUGAUGAAAAUAAGGAGAAGAAUGUUAUAAAAUGGGCGUUACCUGGAUUGCAGCGGCCUCCUAAGGUGCCUCAGAAGCAAAUUUCUUCUUCAUCGUCAGAUUUUUACCAAACAUCAGAGAGCUUACCUCUUGAUUCUCGUCCUUCUUUCUCAUCAGAUGGCAACCAAAGAAGCCUGUCAUCGAGAACUUCGGCCUGUGGAAGAAGCAGGCUAAGUAGCUCUGAAUCUUCCAGAACCUUCAGCAGAAGACAACGGAAAACAAAGCAGCAGAAGUCAAUCUCCCGAAAGCCUUUCAUGCUAACGACAGAGCAAAGAGGAAGAUAUAAGGAGGAAGAUCUCAUGCAGAAGCUAGAAAAGAAAUUAGUGGAAGAGGAAAAGUUGAGGAUACCUAUUGCUCUAGGUCUUCCGAGGACAACAGAUGAACCAGAGAUCCUUGUGAAGCCCCCAGUUAAAGAAAGCACCAAGCCUGUCGACUUGGUACUGCACAGUGAUAUCAGGGCUGUGGUGCGUGCAGAAUUUGAUAAUCAGGUGGCCAAGAAAAUGAAGCUAAUUGAGCAGUACCGGAUGGAAAUGGAAAGGCAACGAAGGCUAGCAGAAGAAGAAGAAAUCAGGAGACUGAGGAAGGAGCUUGUCCCUAAAGCGCAACCUAUGCCGCAUUUUGACAGACCUUUCGUUCCAAAAAGGUCUGUGAAGCACCUGACCAUACCAAAAGAAACAAAAUUCCAUUUACCUCAACAUAAGAAGAUCAAAUGCGCUACAUGCCUGCCUACACAGGUGGAGUGAAGGGAUCGACGUUGGAUUAGCUUAUUACGAGGCUUGAAAUUUUCAUGUACAGAAUUAUGGAUUGAAUGUGAAUUUUGUCGAUGAGAAUCAACCCAUAUGGUCAUGUCCAGCUAUAACUAAAGCAAUGUUGAUUUUUGGAUUAGAAAUUUCCAUAUAAAAAAAUCCACCACGUUUUGAAGUAGAGGUAGAAGAGGUGAGCAAGCUCAUCAGAACCCACAAGCAGAUUGAAAAAAGUUGUUAAGAGUUGAAGUCGAAACAAAGCUCUAGAAA